AUGCACAAGGAUAGACAAAGCCUUGGACUGGGCAGGGCUUUCGACGACGAUACUGCUGCGCUGUGCAUACAAGAUGCCUGGUUGACUGGCCACCCUCAGCGGGUUGUCAAGACUUGUUCAGAACAGGGUGCUCAUGAGACACAGGAACUCUUGCAAUGGCUCAACAGCCUCUGCUCGCUCAACCUCACUCGUGUCGAGCAAUGCGGUACCNNGGGUAUCUUCUUCAUCACCACCACAACUCUUCUACAAGACAGCCAUGCUAACCACACAUCCAGUGCUCCCUUCUGCGCAAUCUACGACAGCAUCUUCCUCGACAUGCCCAUGGCUCGUGUCAAGUUCAACGCAAGCGCCGACUACGCAUACCUGGACAACUUCAAAAUCCUGAGCAAUGCCUUCCGCAAGCAUCACAUCGACCGUCCCAUCCCUGUCGAGCAGCUAGUCAAGUGCAAGAUGCAGGACAACCUUGAGUUCCUGCAGUGGACUAAGCGCUUCUGGGACCAGCACUACCCUGGUACGCCAACCUGCCCAUCUCCGUCCACACCUUUACAUAUUCUAACCUCGUACCAUAACNNAGGUGGUGACUAUGACGCUCUGGCUCGUAGAAAAGGUCAACCUCUCGGUUCGGCCCCAGCUCCCACACCUCGAGCUUCAACCACAAGGCGCGCACCCGCUGUCGCUGCAGCCUCCGCUGGCGCAAGAACACGCACUCCUCUAGGAGGCUCGGGAGGUGGUGCUCAGACCGCCGCUUUGACACAAGAGAACAACGCACUUAAGGAGACUGUUCAGGGCCUGGAACGCGAGCGCGACUUCUACUUCAGCAAGCUCCGAGACAUCGAGUUGCUGGUCCAGGGUGCCAUGGAGGCCGAGCCCGAGCUCGAGAAGGACGAGGGUGGUCUUCUCAAGCAAAUACAGACUAUUCUCUACUCGACCGAGGGCUUUGAGAUCCCUGCCGAGGCCGAGGAUGAGGAGGGCGAGUUGAUCGAGGAGGAGACUUUCUAA